UUACAAGCAUUAAACUCUCUUUAAAUUUGUUAAAUGUUUACAAAAUUCCUUAAUAAUUAGGAGUUCAAUCGAUUAAGCGUCAUUGUACGUAAUGGAGUCUGUUCUGUGGAUGUUCUGUGCGCAACUUUGUGAUUGAAUAUUUUAUAUGAAUUCUUAAGAAAUAUCACUUAAAACUGUGUAUUAGUGCUCAUUAACGGAUUGCAGUGAUAAGUUAGACGUCAUAUAUGGAUACCAUUAAUGCAAAUAAGCGUUCAAACAACCUAGGUUGUCUGUCAAUGAAUAACGACAGCAAGCCUUUUGAUAUGCGUUUAUCUACUUAUAUAUAAGGAGAUUUAUUAUUCGCUGUACCGCAACGCGCGUUAAUGGUUCUCCGAGGGCAUCUAACACCAAAGUCAGAUGAAGGAAUGGCCUCAGAUCAACCUGUGAAAAAGAAACAGCGAAUCGACGCGCCAGAUAUUGAUGAUGGCAGCGAUAGAUCGGCGGAAGAUAUUCUCACUGAUAUCUUUGAAUCUGAAACACCAGCAGAGACUUCAGGAGAGUUCACAUCAAGGAAUGGAGAGUCUCCUGAUAGUGGAACUGCUAGUGAAGAUGCAGUUGACUGCUCGACUAUUCUUAGACUGCCCAGUGAUUCUACUAUAGAUAUAAUCCCGUCCAGUUCUAAUCCUGCCCCCCAUUGGACUUCUGAAGAUGACAAAUUACUUACAGAGUUAAGAAAGUUACAAAAUGCUCUUGUUGGACAAUGCUUAUGUGGUUAUGAUGAAAAUGUAGUGUCUCAACUGUUUGACAGACAACUUAAUAUAGUUUCAUGGCCGCUCACUUGUUCAUUAACCUAUCUAUCAACAAUGCAGCUCAUGUUUGAUAUAUAUUUGAAACAAAAUAGUACAGGUACAAUUUGUUCAAGGUUAAUGAGGGCUUGUGAUAUAUUUGUAAGAAACCAGCAUGAUUGGAUCACAGAAGUUGUUGAGUUAGCAGAUCACAAAAGUAAAUUUAUAACAUUUGUUGCCAGUAGAGUCUUAGCAAGUUUUCUUAUUGUCUCAAAAGAUACAGUCGAUGAAAACUGGCUUCAACAAAUAGCGGAAAAUAUAUACUUGUUUGAUAGAAUUAAUAGGAUAACAGUGCAAAAGAUUAAUUUCAGUUUGGAUAUUAUCAAAAGGAUAGUCGAGUGGAAGGAUGUUGAACAGCAUCCUCUAGAAGACAGUAAUUAUGUUAAUACAUCAGGAAACAAUGUACAAGAGGAUAACCCAUUCCGAGGUACAUCAAGUCACAAUGGAAGUACCUCACAAGCACCUUCUGGUUCAAGAACUGAAAAUCUACAUAAUGAAUUCUCUAAUUUACAAACACACGGUGCACCAUCAACUUCUUCAGGAGAGAAACCACCUGAAAAAUCAGUAACAUUCAAGUUACAUGAACCAGUAUUAAAAUUUUCUAAUCAACAAAUAACUGAACGGCCAGUUACUCCAGAACCUCCUCCCGCAAGAAUAGAAAGGGUCAGUGAAAAUGGUUGCAUCACAGUUAUAUUAUCAGAUUCUGAAUCCUUUGAUACAUCACACAUUAAAUGUCUAACGAUAAAAACUUUAGAACAUCACUGGCCUGUAUUAGUUAAAAAUAUGAAACUACUGCUACUAAGGUACCUGAAUUUAGCUAAUGCUGAAAACUGUAUACUAACAUUUUUCUCCCUAUGGGAGAAUAUAAUAAGUGUUAAGGCGAACCUGUCAAUAAUUGAUACUAAACCAUUCUACGCAGAUUUACAGAGCUUUGUAGAUCUAUUGAGGAAUAGAAUGCUGCCCAGUCUAAUAUAUUCACAUUUAUUAAGUCUAUUUAACGAGGUUCUAUGUUAUGGAUCUACAUUAGCGCUACAAGAUAUCCUACCUGAAGAGAUUUGUUGUUUAGCGCAUUCUAUCGUGAGAUAUGUUAAAGAUUUCAGACUAUUAACAGAUGUGAGGUUACAACGGAGUAGUGGUUUUGGUUUUUUAGGUAACGAAUGCACGAUAAUACGGGAUUAUUCACUCGGUCCUGAUGUGAAUCCGAUAUCUUCGUCUAUUCAAUUAGUUGAUCAGAGUUAUGGAGAUGAUAAUGAAGAUGUUAACGAAAGGAGUGAUGUAGACAAGACUACAUUGCAACGUAUGUCUCUAUUAGUUUUAAAGUCUGUAGCUGUCACAGUUAAGGAAAUGAGAUGCGAUUCCUCCGACAGCUCUAUAGAUUCAUCAGACUAUAACGCUAUUCAGGAUAUGCAAAUAGUUGAAAGAUCUAUACGAGAUGUGUUGAAGAAACUGGAUGUGUUCAUACGAAAUAGUUUAGAGUUCCAUCCGGAGACACCGUUCACGAAAAUGCUCAUACAUUUGUUUAGUGAACAAGAUGAUUAUCUAAUUGAAUCGAUGGUAUGUACAUUAGAUAUAACAGUUGGUAUUGUAUAUAGAAAUUCUAUGUAUCCAGAUUUAAUACCAAUGUUGAACCCUAUAUCGUCAUUUAUAGAGUUUUUGAAAAUCGUGUCGCAUGACAGUGAUGUACUUUUAGAUUAUUUAGUGAGCAAUGAGACAUGUUUCUUGUUGUAUUUGCUGAGAUUUUUAAAGUAUGUACGAAGGAAUUGGCCUAAAUUUCUUGAUACUUGCCAAUUGACGGACUCUGGAGGGAGUAGGGGUCUAGAUGAUACGAUGCGAGUGUUGAUAAGGCUACGACUGCAAAUAAGCAGGUUGGUUUCGAAAUCUCUGUUUCCAUAUAACAUCAGCCCUGUAUUGAGAUUGUUGGAAGUGUGUGAGAGUCUAUAUGAAGGUAAUGAAUUCAGUUGAAAUGUGUAUUGCAAAAAUCUAUUCUGUCUAAUUUUUUUACAUGUGUAAUGUAUGAAAAUCCACACUCGUAGACUAGUGAAGGAACAGUUUUUAAUAAAAGACCUAACUUUUAAUAAUGUUUAAUAGAAGUUAAAUAAUAGUUGAAAAAAGAUUUUAAUACGGUUGUUAAUAGCGUUUUCAUUAUUAAUAAAAUAAAGUUAUGAUUCAUACGAUAAACACGCGUGAGGUUUUCGAUUUUGAUCCCGACUACCCUGUAAUUAGCGCUCGAGGCGAUUGAACCCGACUUGCCGAGCAUAAGGGUCAAUAUUCUUUACGUUCACUCACAGCUUUUAUUAGAUUUAGUAUGGUUUGAUACGAAAAGUUCACGCUAUUAUGAUACGUAUUAAAACAAAUUCUUUGAUACAUUCUGCCUUUUGUUCUCAUGCACGUAAUUUUUGGGUUGUAAUUUUGUUACGGAUUAAGUGGUGUUAUUUGUGAAUUAUUUUAAAUUGCAAAUAAUUUAUUGUGAGUGAGCUUCGCUCCUGCUUAAUUCCCGUUAAAUUGGGCUACAAUUUUUCUGUAAGAAAGUUUAAAAAAAAUGUUGAGUAAAUUUUUAUUAACGUAUUUCCGCCGUUUUUUUAUUUUUUUUAAAUGAAAACGCUGUUUUACAAUAAUUUACAAAAUCGUCCAUUCUAUCAUUUGGUUUCAUGUUUUAAACUACAUAAAGACCGUCCUAUACAUUCCAAAAUUGGGCGUUUAUUAUAAAGGUACUUAUUAAUAAUAAAAUAACUAAUUUAUAUUGUUAAUUGUAAACAUUUGUAGAUGGUAUUGUGUGUAUUUUAUAUCUCAUAAAAGUCUUCCCCACAUAAAAUAGCCUUUAUAUUUUACAAAUAUCAUAAAAAUUAAAUCAAACUAAAUGCAAUAAAAAUAAUGUGUUUAUGUUUUUUUU